GCGAGAGUUUAGGAGAGCGGUGAAGAUCGUUCAAGCUCGCACGCCUGAUCGAGCGGCUGAACUCAGUCCGUUUCUAAACUUCACUGCGCGUUCAUCGGAAGGUCUGGUAGCCACAAGUCCAACCCGAUCGGAUUAGAAUUGUAAAUAAAAAGCAAUGGCAAAGGAAGAAUCAAAGUACGGCUUCAAGGAUAAGGCCAAGGCCGAGGAGUCGCUGGAGCUGCUGAAGAGCGAGGAUCACAAGUACCAGCUGCUGACGGUGCGCGGUCUGAUCGGACGGGCGAAGCGUGUGCUGACAUUGACGAAGGCUGAGGACAAGAUAAACAACAUUAAGGCUGCGAUCGAAACGUUCGAGCAGUGGCUGGAAGCAAACAGCUCCUCCAGCACCAAAAACGUUAAGCCCAAGGAUACAGAAGACAAGGUGGAAACUGUGCCAGGGUUGGGUUUCAAGGACAAGCAGGCGGCUGAACAAACGCUGAGCAUCCUAGAAGGCCGCGAUCCCGAUUAUCAGAAGCUAGCUGUCAAGGGACUGAUCGGUAGCGCAAAGCGCGUUAUCCCUGCCACCAAGAACGAGGAGAAGCUAAGCUCGAUCAAGCAAGCGGUGGCACUGUUUGAAGACUUUCUCGAUCGGUUCGAUCGCGAGGAGCGGGGCAAGCAAAACAUGCCGUACCUUUCGAUCGACUUGAUACGUCAACUGCCCGCACCGCAGGGUGAGCAGUCGGACAAGCUGGCAGUGGAAUUUCUCGCCUGCUAUGAAACGCAGGCCAAAGGCAACUACAAACAUUUGCGCACCAAAGCACCCAAGGACCCAGGGUCGAAGACGUGGGACAUUGUGCGAAAUGCGAAACUGCAGGCACUGAAACCGGACAGCAGUGUGAAGUUAUUCGAUCAGGACGGCAAGCCUACCGAGCUGCACUUGCAGAUGGUACAGUGGGCGUACAGCCCACAGGUGGAGAAGCUGAAGAGCUAUGCGAACAGUUUGGCGAGCAGUGGCAAAUCAACAACACCGUCCAGGAAACGAACGCACUCUUCCAGCUCAUCUUCGGAGGAGGAGUCAAAGGCGAAGGAGAGUAAGAAGGAUCGCAAAAAGUCGAAAAAAUAAAUAAUAAAUACCUGUAUACAGCAAGCAAG